UGUUAUUGUGCUCAUCCUGUGUUCCCUACCCUGUACACUUCUAUGAAAAACAAAAAACAGUUCUCCAAUGUUCUCCUUGUCUGCUUUAUAUUAUGCACCAUCUGUUAUGCAUCAAUGGCAGUUUUUGGGUACUUAAUGUUCGGGUCAACAGUUCAAUCGCAGAUAACUCUAAACCUCCCGACUAGCAAAAUUAGCUCACAAGUCGCAAUAUACACCACCCUGGUCAAUCCAAUAUCCAAAUUUGCUUUGAUGGUUACACCAAUAAUGAAUGCUGCAAAAAGAUGGUUUCCUGGUUACCAGAAUAAAAGAGUCUUUAACAUAUUAGUCAGUACCACCCUGGUAAUCAGCUGUGUUAUAGUAGCUUUGGCUGUACCCUUUUUCGCAUAUCUCAUGGCACUUGUUGGAGCGUUUUUGAGUGUCACAGCUUCAAUUAUAAUGCCAUGCUUUUGCUACCUUAAGAUUUCUUGCACUUAUCGAAAAAUUGGAUGUGAGAUGUUGAUCGUAUGGGGUAUUAUACUACUAGGUGCUGCGGUAAUCAUUUUUGGUACUUACACAUCUCUGGUAGAAAUAAUAGAGCAUCAGUAGAAGGCUACCCUUAUAUUUGUUACUGUAGUAAUUUUCUCGCUCAUUCUUGUUUCUUCUUAGGCUAGUCUAUUGUAACUGACUAGCUAGUGAGUUAUUAUUCAAGGAAAACUUAGCUUGUUACUAGCUGAAGCAGUUAACAUUUA